AUGUUUGGACUUAUCAUCAUCAUCGUAAUUAGAACAGCACCCGGCUUGUUCGCGAGACGUGCCACAAUGACCACCAUGGAGGGCGCCCCUCUGCUGGGCGUCGAGCCCCCGUCCCGACCUCUGGCUUUCGUCACACGCCAGGCGGCGCGCGAGGUCAGCUUCCGUCGACGCCUGCUGUCCAGCGCCAACGAGCUUCGACGCUUCGCGGCGAGACUCACCGCUGCAGCCGUCAUAGUCACGGCUACUCUCUACUUCACCGUCGGCAGCAGAUCGUAUGCAAGAAGUGUCAAAGGUGCGCGCCACAAGUCGCGCGUGCUGUUCCUGGAGACCGGGCACGCGUUUGACGUCACCGGCCGCUUCUCGUGCGCCAUCGAGUCCGCGGCGAGGCACCACCCCGGCUGGACCGUGAACGUGCUCGCCGCGGUCGACACGCCGAACAGCACCGACGUCUGGCUGGAUGGGCCCUUCAAGCGGAUGCUGGGCCGGUUCCCCAACGUGGUCUUUGAUAGCGUGCAGGUUGCUGAUAUGAUCCGCGGCACGCCGCUGGAGUCGUGGAGUGUGCUGGACCUUCGCAAGGGAGGCGCGGAUAUCAGUGAGCACCUGUCAAACGCGCUGCGCCUGGCGCUUCUCUACAAGCGAGGCGGCGUCUACCUCGACAAGGACACCGUGGUCAUGCGGCCACUCCACGAGUUCGACUCCUGCCUUUCCCAGACAUCGCUGCGCAUGGGCGACUCGGUGAGCAACAGCUUCCUGUUCUUCGAGGCGGGCCACUCGUUCCUGCGCGACGCCAUGGAACGCAUCGCCAGCGACCACGACCCCGGCGUCAAGUCGUCCCUGGGGCCGCCGCUGCUGCACGACGUGCUGCUCGAGCGGUGCGGCGUCGCCAGCGUGGCGCCCCUGGCCGAGGCCGGUCGCCGGUGCCGGGGCGUGCUCGUGGUGCCGUGGCACGUGCUCUCGGUCGUCCCGUGGACGGCCUGGACCGUGCUGUUCGUCGCCGAAACGGCCGAUACGAACGCCUCCUGGUGGGAGGUGUGCCGGGACAGCCACGCCAUGUGCCUGCACGGCAAGCUGAGCGCCCGCAAGAAGGCCCAGAAGGACUCGCCGUACUGGCGCGCGGCGUCGGAAAACUGCCCGCGCUCGAUGGAAAUCUCGCUCGACGUGAACGGGCGGUUCUGAGGCGGAAGAGGAGCCCUCGUUUGCCCGGUCGAAGAAGCUCAAAACACUGACGGCGACACGGAUGGUGCUUCCACACUGAUCUGUAUAUAAAGGAAGUGGGCGGUGUGUGUGUGUGUGGGGGGGGGGGGGGGGGUUGUCAUGCACUCACGCCAAUAAAUAUAAACAUGGGGGAGACACGUACGUGCGAAAGACCGCGGUAUCACCAGUCUUGAUACAAGCAGCCGUCGGAAGUUUAUUGCUUGGGAUGAGAUUGGAUUUUAAAAUCUUUCCUAAUGACAGAUUCGCUCGUCGGCGCAAUACACGAAAUCCCCCGGAUGUGCCACCCAUGCGGCAGUCAGCGUUCGUUACCUUUUCCUUUGUGUUAAUUCUUUAGUGGCGACAAUGUCGUUCAGCAAAUACCAGCACGUAUCUCUCUCUGUACCGGAAUCAAACAUAUUCCUCCGCUGCUGUAACACCAUCUUAUCCACGCGAGACAGCGUGUUCGUCACGGCGAAAAUUGUCACUCCGUGUUUUAGAUGUGCACAGCACGAGAAAAUUAUAACCUCAACGCCGCGCAGAGACCCGAGCCAGCUUCCGAGACGCCACGUGUUUGAGAUGAGAAAAACUUAGAAUUCAUUGGUUGUCCCUAUCGGUUACCGGUGCCCAUUGGGGUGGAGGGGCACAAUGAGAACCAGUUGAAUAAUCAAACGAGCAUUACAUGCUCACGCUAUCUCCCCACCAGCCGACCAUCCUUCGGACUUCCCUUCUGCUUUCAUAGCCCGAAAGUGACUUCUCCGACGGGACAGACGAGCCGUGUUCUGUCCGUAUAUGCUUUCUCAAAUCACGCAACCGUGAUUGAUUAGAGGAGGAGGAGGAGGAAGUAAACUUUAUUACUCUAGAAAGAGUGAUUCAGCGGUCGUGCCGGAUGUCUUGAUCUUCUAUUGGUUGAUGAAGAUCUCCGGCCUGCAUGGUUGGCGCCCCUAUUCCAGGGCACCACUGAGCGUGGCUGCUCGUCGGGCAUGAUCCACCAGCUUCCGUUGGAGGCUAGGGUCGCCGCUGGAGAGCACGCUCUCCCACUGCUCCGCACUCGGAUUUUCUAUUUUGUGGAAUUCCUUAUUUGUAUUGCACUCCCAUGUGAUGUGAUAAAGUGUGGGUAUUGCACCACACCACGGGCAUGUGUCCCUGUAUUGACUUGGGAACAUUUUGCAUAGUAUAUGUAAAUUUGGGAAAGUUCCUGUCUGCAGCUUUCGCCAGUAAACUGCCUGUUGUUGAGUGAGUGUAUUGUGGGG